CAGUCAGCAAAUAGAACAUGUACUAGUAACAAAUUAGUAACAAACCGCCUAAAAAAGAGGAUUACCUUUAAAAUCAUGUAAGCAAUGUUAACUCAUAAGUACUCAAUUCCAUUUUAUAAGUUGUUAUAUGAAUAAUUGAAUAAAAAGCCAAAUAGGAGUCGCCACUCGACAACGAAAAGUUUUGUACGAGAGAAUGACAAUGCAAUAUAAACUUUAGGACCAAGCAAUCAAGAUUAUAUUUAAAACAUUUAUGGUUUUUGAGCAAGUCUUAACAAGUCGGCGCAAAUUUUAAAUUUGUUUGACUACGAAUACCCAGUCUUCUCCCCUUGAUUAUUAGUCUUGUAGACUGGCACAUAAGUUUCGGUGGUACGUUUUUAAAUUUGAAUAGUUUUGUACUUUAAAUAAAUAUUAAGUAAAAAUUACAUUUUAAAAGAAACUAUGGAUAUACCUAUUUGUUUUUCGCAUAAUUUUAGCAGUAAACAAAACGUGAGAUCUAUUAAAAAUGUGAUUAAUUUAAAGUUCUUGAAAAGUGGAGAAGACAUAUUUCUCCAGCAUAUUAUAGAAGACAAAUCAGUGUUAAGAGAAAUAUCUAUAGAAUUAAGAGAAAUUAUGAAGAAUCUUAAAGAAAAUAUCGUCACUUACAGCAAGAAUGAUUUUAAAGAAUAUUUUGUAAAAACCGAUGAUGAUAAAUAUUUACAUUCGGUAAAUAAAUCAAAACUUUUUAUCGGGUGUUGGGCUGCACUGUUAAAAAUUGUUCCAGAUAAUUUUUAUGGAAACAAUCAUAAUAGCAAAUUAUUUAAGAAAAUCGUAAAAACUGUAAUAUACAGUAUGAAUCGUCAACACUUCAACUUCCGUGACAUGAUAAAUGGCUGGCAUUUGUUGAUAUAUCCAUGGAACACACUUACUGCUGCAAUCUCAUUUAAAGUUCUUCACUAUAGUCUUUUAUGGAUUUUAAAAAAGUUACUAUCAUCGAUAAUAGUUUUAAAUUUCUACGUUACAACAUGCAAAACAGACGCAGAUGAGAAUAAGCUUCAUUACUUCUGGAAAAAUGUCUGGCAAAGUUUUUAUGACAAGAAAAUAUCAAUUAUGACAACUACUAGAAUUAUAAAGAAAAUUGAACCUUACAGUUUAGGUAAUAAAAUAAAAAUCAGGUAUAGCUAUCAACAGAAAAUAAGAUUAAAAAAUAAAAUAAAAGAAAUCCCAAAAUUACAUUUAAUUUUGAAACAAAAUAAUGAUUGCAGACCAAUUGUACGAUACAAAAACGAUAAAACAAAUUUAACUUCGAAGAAUAAAAUUAAAGAGCAAUUAUAUUUUCUCAGAAAACUAUCUGGAAAGCCUCAGGAGAAAAUUGAGAAUAAAUAUUUAAAUUUUUUCAAAAAAUGGGAGAUCAGAAAUAAACCUAAACUGUACUUUGUAAAAACAGAUCUUAGUAAUGCAUUUGGAUCUAUAAAUAGACAAAAACUAUUGAAGAUUUUAAUUGAGCGACAUGAAAAUUUCCAAAAGGCAGAGACGUCACUGUAUUUAAAGAAGAAAAUUGCACAGACCUUUAAGGAUUUUAUUGCGGAACUUAAGAAUCCACUCUUGGUUCGCUCUGGAUCAACAGUUUACGAAUGGAAGGAAGGUCUUGUACAAGGUUACAAAUACUCUCCAGCACUUUCUGAAAUAUAUUAUUCAUAUCUGGAUGACAUUUAUUUCCGUCAUCAUAUAAACAUCACAGACGACCUUAAAUUGUUCAUAAGAGUUGUUGAUGACUAUUUGUACAUCACGGAUUCGUUGCAAGAUGCCUAUGAUUUCUUAAAAGCUUUAUCAAACUAUAGAAACGUUAAUUAUAAUAAAACGGUUGUUAAUUUUCCGAAUCAAUCUAUAAAGGUUAGCGAUGAAAUUGUUUUUCUUGGAUACAGCUACGAUACAAAGACAUUGCACGUGAGUAGGGCCAACAGUGUAAACUCUGGCCAGAUGUGUUUUAAAAUCGGAUUUUCUCUUGCUAUUGCAGAUUUAGGAAAAUUUCUUGAAAAUAGAAUCGGACAAUCUGGAAUCGAAAUAAACGGGCACAUUUUUAAUUUCUACUACAACAGUGAACAGUUGAUAUGGCAACAUGUGUUUGUGACACUCUGUCUUUCGGCCAAUAAAUUUUGUACAAUAUUAUCUAUACUCUGUAAUGAGUCGGAUAUGUUUAGAUAUAUGUGUAUUUAUAAGAGAAAAGUAACGGUUAAGCUUUGUAAUACCAUCAUAGACACGCUUCAUAGAAACAAACCGGAAGGAUUUAUGUUUAUUUUUUGCAUUAACCAUUUUCGUUAUCUAUCAUACAAAGCUUUACUGUUAUGUGCACAGAAAACACCCAAAUGUAACAAACUGGUUCCGUACAUUAACGUUGAAAUGGCAAAAACAAACUGUUUGUAUGGAAAGUGGAGGGAGCAUUCUAGAAGGAUGAGCAAAAAUGGUUGUGGUCUUAGGCAAGCCAUAAAAGAGGUUUGUAGGAGGUCAGAUUUAAGAGCUAUUCUUAAAAAUUACGACGUAUUGCCUGAAGGUUUACGUUGUUUUGACCGCAAAAAUAUGUAUGUAUAG